UAUUGCUAUUGCUAUUGCUCCAGCCGAGCAACAGCGGAUGGAAGCAGCCAGGGCUGCCUGGGGGAGGCUGCUGCUGCUGCCGCAGGGCGCCUUCCUCUCCUUCGGGCUCCUCGGCAUCUCUGCCCAUCUCUGGAGGUCCCUCGGCCUCUGCUUCGCCCUUUGGGCUCCAGAGCGACCUACCCCGCAGGGCUGUCGUUCCAGGCUGCAAGGGGAGGCCCACCCGGCAGCCGGAAGGAAGCUGCUGCACUGCCGCCGCCGCCACCACCGCCUCCGAGGGUAACUUCGCAACUGCCCGCCGGGCGAGCGAGCGAGCGAGGAAGGCGGAGCAGAGCCCAGCGCGGCUCUUCUUCCUGCGCGACCUGAAGACACGAGCUUCUCCGCAGCGCGGCUGGCAGGAGCGGGCGGGCGGGCGGGCGCUAAGGCAGCGCAGCCCGCGAGGUCGGGCCAGCGGCGGCGGCUGCUGAUUGAGGGAAACGUGAGCCGAGCGAGCGGGGCUGCCUGCAUCACUGCAGUGCUCUCACUGCGGAAAGAGCGGGGGACGGAGUGAGGCGGCGGCCGCGGGCAUCCGGCAUCGGCAGGGCAGGCAGGCUUCCCCAUCGACCAGAAGCAGACGGCACCGAGGCAUCCCGCGAUCCCGGGCACCGCUGGCCUUCAGGCCGCCGAAGGAAAGGAGGCAAAGCCGCCGCCGCGGCCUCUCUUGGGUACCAAUCGCGCCCGCCCGGCCGCAGCUUAGCAUCCCGCUCCGCCUCGGGGGCUCCUAGGAAACCAGAGAGAGGACCCGUCGGCCGGGCGCUCCCCCUCCGUGCCUUCCCGGCUACGGGGCGCUUCGGCUGAGCCCGAGGACGCGGCGUCCGCUCCCCAACGCACCUGCUCCUCGGCCAAACCGCUGGAGCGGCGCCAGCUUGCUGGGGAGCCAGCCGUGGAGGAUGCCCGGGGCUCCGGGACAGCCGGGUGGGAACAUUCAGAGGGGUCUGAAGGGCCGGGCCAGUUCCAAGUGAAGCCGGGGCAGCUUCCCCAGAGCAAAGCCUCUGCCUGGCGCCUGAGCAGGAUCUGCCCCACCUGGGGGCCUUUUCCUGGGACCUGAUCUUCAGGGAAGAGCGUGGAGGAAGGUGCACGUCAGAGCUCAGGAAUUUGCAAAACACAUUCUUGAGCGUUGUUAGGAUCUCCCCACACGUAAACAGGAACCGAGGCGCACGGGGAGGGAGGGAGGGAGUGCUCGGGCCUCCCCUGGACACUCCGGCCACAUUCCAUCCCCUCCUCUUCACCCGAGUGGGCUCAGCCACGCCAGCAGGGCGGAAGGCAAGGCACAGGCCAGCACUCCCCCCGGCCUCCUUUCCUAGGGCUCAUCCGGGGCUCAUCCUGCCAGCCAAGCACCCGUCCUGGGAACUAGGCCCAACGCCCUGCUGCCCAAGAGAGCCGCAUCUGUGGGCAUAAAAAAACUCCUGGAGUGGACAUCGCCCCCCUCCCCCCGGCCUUACGACCCGCCUUGGACAGAAAGCGUGGAAGGCCCAGGCCGCAGCCAUUUUGGCAGCCCCGCUGCAGGAUGCGUCUCUGCCCUGCUGCCCCCCUCCAGCGCUGCCCCUUCAUGGUCCGUGCCCGGUUCAAAGCCUGGCUUGCCACCAGCCCCAUCUAGCCUCAUGCAGGAGGCCUUUGGAGGACACAGAGCCGCGGACAGGAAGGUGAAGAGCCUCCUCAUGUCAUGUCUGAAGGGGCAGCAGGUCAUCAUCAAAAUGGAGGCCAUGAAGAUCAUCCACCCUGAAAAGUUCUCCGAGCUGCAGAGCUCCCAGUCGCGCUAUGUCCCGGCACCACGCCGGGACCCUCCCCUGGUUGCCAAGCGGGCCUGGCCCUCCGAUUCCGAGAUCAUCGUUAACCAGGCCUGCGGCGAUAUCCCAGCCUUAGACCACAACCCGGGGUCUCUGGGGCUGUCCCGGACCCCGCCCCUGCCCCGGCGAGAGCGGCUGUAUCCAGGGCAGCGCAAGGGCAGCUCCGACCUCUGCUUCCACCGCCAAGCCCCGGCCUCAGACGAGGUGAUCGUCAACCAGUACGUGCUGCACCCCUCCACUCCCUCCGAGCCCCUGGAGUGCCCCACCUGCGGCCACACCUACAACUUCACCAACAAACGCCCGCGCAUCCUCUCCUGCCUGCACUCAGUGUGCGAGGAAUGCCUGCAGAUCCUCUACGAGUCCUGCCCCAAGUACAAGUUCAUCUCCUGCCCCACAUGCAAGAGGGAGACGGUGCUCUUCACCGACUACGGGUUGGCUGCCCUGGCGGUCAACACCAGCAUCCUCAACAGGCUGCCGGCCGAAGCGCUCUCGGCCAACCAGGCGCAGUGGAGCGGCGAGACCGACCGCAGCUGCUAUCAGACUUUCCGCCAGUACUGUGGGGCGGCCUGCACCUGCCACGUCCGGAACCCGCUCUCUUCAUGCGCCAUCAUGUAAGCUGCGUGUCCGCCCCUGCCCCGCUCUGCCCACCAUCUCCCGCCGGCCUCGGCAGUGGGAUUGUGUGAGGGAGAAGAGGGUGGCUUCCUUCUGCAGGUCCUGGGAGAUGCCCGACCGACUGGUCCUCCGCGAUGAGCAACUAUCUGGCAGGGGACGCCCCUGAAGUUGGGACUGCUGCUUGAAGGAGAGGAAGUAAUCUUGGGCAGUCACUCCUGGUCGGGAGGGCCUGCUCCUGGCUGGGGCUGUCGGAAGAGCCACCAGGAAGCAUUGUGGAGAUCCGACUGCCCACUGCCCUCCCCUUCCAUCCGCCCCGCCCCCUUCCUCUGCGCAUCCCGAGAGACCCCCCAAGCCGUGCUUGGCUUGGCUACUCAAGGGCUGGAUGUGGCCUCUUUCCUUUCAACUGACGGCUCAGCCCCAGUGGGGGAGAACAGGGCGCUUGUUGGGGGAAAACGAGCCAAGGCAGGACCCUGGAACAAUACAGAGACGAUGCCAGGCGGGGCCUGUGCUGGAAAACACGGCCGACGCCAGUUUUAAGUUAUUUGCCAAAGCUUCUGAUUCCGCGGCCAAGCGUUGUUAAGUCCACUCCAUGCUGCCAACUGAAGUCCGGUGGCAAACAGGAAUUUCCUAAAGAAUCGCCCCGUUUUCCUGAUACAAAUCCUUAAGGGAAGCGGAAAACAAGUGUACAUUUUUAAUCCUCGUUUUGGAGGAAGCGUUCCUCAGCACUGUUUCAGAAAUGCAUCUUAUUUGGGCCCUUGCUGCCGAAUAAAAUGGACCAAGAGGGCAGUGAUCCCUGGGUCGCGUCUCCUGGGGCGGAGGGAAAGGGGUGCCCCCUGGCAACGGAGGCUCUGGCAAGCAGCAGCGCCCUCCCACCCGGGACACGGAAUCUCCUCCUAGGAAAAGGAAGGUCCUCUUUUCCCUCUAGGGCGACUUCGGGAGCGGACAGGGUGUGGCCACUCCCCAGCUGUAGCCGGGCCCUGAUAACAACCCUGGUGUCCUUCCGUCCGUGGAAAAGCCCCCCCCCCCAGCUGAAGGGGCAGAGAGAAGGCGGCCGAUCCCCAGAAUGCCAUGACAGUAUCAAGCUGGAGGGAAGAGGAUGCCCACUUCCUCUGAUGGAGGCUGGUCUGGGAGGAAGUGCCCACCUUACAAAACAUUCUGUGCCAAGCUAGAAAGGAAAAGCCAUAACUUGACCUGACUCCAACCUGCCCCCGAGAAAAGGGGCUUUCCUUAGUGACCCAUCUCUUGAGGUUCUGUGGGUCCAGGAGAGCCGAGAUUUACAAUUCAGUUGCCCUGCAGUGGGGGUGGGGGUCUUUCUAGAAGUCAACCAGGAAGGCCGGCUCAGCUGGCAGUGGGCCACCAAGGGGCACCCCUGGGUCAAGCCGGGUUCAGAAUCUGGAGAAGCCGCAGCACGAGGAGGGCUGGGAGUGAGGCCUGCUGGGAGCCCAAAAGAUCCUCCAAAGGGGGACGUUGAGUCUUGCCAACCGGGGAUGCCCACGUCAGCCAAAGGGCAGAGCUGCCUUAGCCAGGCUCUUCUCGGCUUCGCUUCCACAGGGGCGGAGAGGAUGGGGAGCCAAGCCCCUCCUGAGUCCAUCUCAAGAGGAGGAGCUGAGGAAGGCAAAGUUCCUCGGUGGUGGCCUGGGCAUUUCCCCUCCCCCCAACCUCCCAGGAACACCUCGGGUCAGGAAAGGCCUGGCGUUGGCUUGGCCAAAGGCCCACAGCUGCUUGUCCCUUGGGUAGGUUGCCGAGCUUCACCCAAAGCCCAGGCGGAGAGGAAAGAAGGCGCUGCAGCCAUCAACCCAGAGAACAAGAUGGCUGACGAAGAAGAUCCUGUUUUAUACCUGGCGGUCUCGUUAACCCUCAGCCCAAUCUAAAUAAAGAAUGCUCCUGAACCAAAACAGGCAUGUGCUCUCCAUUCAUGUGUGUGCAGAGGGA